AGGUACCUAACCUAGACCUUACCUAAAUAAAGUCAAGAGGUAAGGAUUAAGGUUAGAGAGCUCCACCAUUCCCCAGGUGUUUAAUGUGCCAGUACGUACCCGUGCAAGGUGUGCACCUGCAUCUCCAUACCUUCGUCAUUUCCAAGGUUCUUUACCAAACACCUCCAGCUAUACGCGACAUAGCGCGACAUAGGUAGCGUAACUUGCAUAAGGCUAUUAGGUACCUAGGUUUAGGUACGCAUACGAUUUCAACAUCUUUUUUUUCUAAUAGGUAAAACAAAACAAACGCCAUCAUGGAGACCGACGAACAACAAUCCCAAUUCGUACCUUUUACCAAAGCUGAGCGCAUCGAACAAUUAGCCGAGAUCGAUCGAAACAUCGUCAGCCUGCUACGGUCCACCGCUCGAGCCAUUCAAACCCUCGGCAAGCAACAAUCCCAGAGCAAGGACGCGGUCAUGACAGAUGACAAAGGCCAAGAAUCUCAAGUCUUCCAAGACUCCAUGAACGAUUUUCUCCGCGCUCUACGAACUGUUAAUGUCGGAAUGAAGCGACAGAUAUGGGGUCUUGAGGAAGAGCAUAUUAUAUCCCUGGAAAAUAAAGACGGACCAAAUAUUAGGGAUGAGGCCGGGGAGGUACAGGGAGUCGGCAAUCGCAACACUCCAAUCCAGCCGGACGGCGACGGUAAGAUCGGUGGACUCGAUGUAGGCUGGCUUAACAGCCGAAGCGACGAAGUCGAGAGAGGUAUGGAAACUGACCUCUGGGCCGAGGCCGAGGCGUUUCUACGACGGACUAUAGAACAACGCGAGGCCACCAAGAACUAAAAAGGUAGAGCAUGGGUUUAAACAUUUUAAGUACGGUUGGCUGGGGCGUAUUUGUGUGUCAAGGGUUUAAUGGAGGACAGCUAUAGCAUCCGGCGGCGUUUAAGGAGUGAUAUACCAUAAGCAUAUAAAUUAUAAUUGAUAAGGGGGUUUUCUACGCUCCUAAUCCACG